ACAUAGUUUGCGCUGAACGGGGGGGAGGAACUGAGACAACUAGUUGGCGUCUACAUGACUCUGUCCCAGAAAGUGACCAUCCGCUACGGUCCCUAUGAAGCGAAUGGAGUGGUGGACUACAGGACCUGGCGGCUCAUCGGACUCCAGACCAUGCUGGAUGUUGAAGGUCAUCAGUGGGUCCUUGAACAAUCUCCUGACUGGAACGUUGUGGAACUAGUUGUGAGAGGAGAGGUUGUCUACACCUGUAACAUAAAAGACCUUGAUUUUGGAGGAGAUGGGAAGCUGGACCCACUCUGCAAGGCAGCGGUGAAAGCUGUACGACAUGCCUAUUGAUCAGCUUCACUGAGGGAUGAAUCACUGCUUCUCGACACGUCACAUGCUUCUCCCAUCGCUGCCAAAUAACAUAAACUCCUCUCUGGGAAUGAUCAGCAUCUUGAAGCGGAGCUGAAUGUAAUAGUUCUGUGUUUUACUCUUUAAUCAGUAUAAUAGAAUUAAAUAAAGUCAAUUCAUCCAUAUGAAAUGGUCAUAGUAUUCCUGUUCAAAUAUAAGAUAUUGGUCUUCUUGGCUGUAACGGCACCUGGUGUUUAUAGAAAAUAACAAAUAAUGCUUGAGAUAUACUUUUCCUUUAUUUCCACAAAUUUUAUUCAGAAUAAAAACUAGGUACGGAAAAACUGUGCAAAAUCGCUUCAUACUCUUUCAGUGUCAAUAGAUUCAAUAGUGCGGUACCUCUUCUUGCGUUUGACGUGCACAACUUGUUCUGUUUGAUCUUCUGUUUGGUGCAUGCCAGGUUGAUAGCAUUCGUCGAAACAGGGUGGACCACGUGAAGGUUGCAAUCUCCCACCCCAACGCCUUACUCAGUUGUGUUCACACCCAGUCUGAAGAAGGGUCUCGACCCGAAACAUCGCCCAUUCCUUCCCUCCAGAGAUGCUGCCUGCCCCGCUGAGUUACUCCAGCAUUUUGUGUCCACCUAGGGAUAUUUUAAGAUGGACAAGCAAUUGAUAUUGGUUGUAAACCUAGUAUUGGGAUUAUUUCAUUAUUGCCAUGUGUAGUGAGUUACAGUGAAAUGCAUUUAUUUGCAUGCUAUUUUGUUGGUUCAUUCACAUGCUUGAUCAAUGGUGUUUUAUCAUUAAUGUUUUAUUAUUAUUAAUGUUUAGUGUUUUCUGAGUCAUUCGUAACUGUCACUGUAUGUCAUGUUGUUACUUGUGGACGGAGCACCAAGGCAAAUUCCUUGUAUGUGAAUACUUGGCUAAUAAACUUACUUACUUACUAUCCAA